CAAUGGGCAACCAAGGCGGUGGCGAGUCCGGCGGAAUCCGGCAGUUCAUCAGGCUGAAUGAAAUCCUCGAAAAGUGGCACCCGGAAGAAAAGCACGGUGUUUUCUCACCGGAGAUUAACGCAAGGCUAAAACACCUCACGUGUUAUGAUUCUGACGAGGAGAACUGCCACGGUCUCGAACCACCGCCGGAUGUGCCGAAGGGGUAUUUGGCAGUUUACGUGGGGAUGGAGCUCCGGAGGUUUAUAAUCCCGACGAUAUACCUCAGCCAUCCCAUCUUCACGAUUUUGCUGGAGAAGGAGGAGGAGGAAUUCGGGUACGGCCACAACGGCAAACUCACUCUUCCCUGUGAAAUCGAGAAGUUCAAGUAUCUCCUUAAAUGUAUAGAGGACGAUCCUAAGGAUCAUCACCCUCAUGCCAACUCCGUUUCCCAACAGGUUCUUAUCUGUGCAGAUGAAUUAAAAGGUGUGGGGUUCAACGUUGUUCACCAUAAAUGGAUUGAGGAUAUUUUUGGGUGA